ACCUCUGUCCGCCCUCUCUCUGCUCAGAGUGAGCUGUGCUCCUCUGGUUUAUUUUGAGGUGGUCUUAUCACAGCUGUUGUAUCUGUGGUGGCAGCCUGUCCAAGCCCCUCGACACUCUUCCUUUUCCUUCUCUGGCCCUUGGUCCUGUACUAGCUCAGAAUAAUGGAGACUUGUCAGGAGAGCAGCCCUGCACCCACGGGUCCGGAGGCGUCGCCAGGCGAGGGUCGGCACAUUGACCUGACAGAGGACCUGGCCCAGCAGCUGGAGGACAUCAUUAGCACCUACCAGGCUGCCGAGAUUCCCGCUGAGCCAGAGGACACAGAGGAGGUCACAGCCGUCAAAGAGGCGGACGCCCGCAAGGACCAGAAACUGGAGAAGAAGAUGCUCAAAAAUCUAGGAAAGGAAGCCAUGCUGCUGAUGCAAAGUUUGAACAAACUCAAUACUCCAGAACAGAAACUGGAAGCCAUCAUCAAGAAGCACGCUGAGUUGUUGGAGGAGCAUCGGAGUGAUCAGAAGCAGCUGAAGGUUCUGCAGAAGAAGUUGCUCCAGGUGAUGAAGGAGAAGGACCAGCUGCAGAGCGAGCACAGCCGAGCCGUGUUGGCUCGCAGUAAACUGGAGGGGCUCUGCCGAGAGCUGCAGAGGCACAACAAGACCCUAAAGGAAGAAACCCUGCAGAGGUGCAGAGAGGACGACCUGAAGAGGAAAGAGAUCACCACCCACUUCCAGGGGACACUGAGCGACAUUCAGGCCCAAAUUGAGGAACACAGCAGCCGCAACACCAAGCUGUGCCAGGAGAACAGCGCUCUGGCAGAGAAACUGAAGGGCCUCAUUUCACAAUACGACCAGCGAGAGGCGAACCUGGAAAAGGUCUUCAAACACAGAGACCUGAAAGAAAAGCUGCUGGAGACCAAACUCGCCCAGGCAAACAUGUUGCUGAAGGAGGCCGAGGAGAAGCACAAGCUGGAAAGAGAGCUUCUGCUAAAACAGACGGCAGAGUGUAAAUUGAAAGUCAAGGCCAUGAAGGAGCAAGAAAACGAUAUGAAGAUCCAGAUCGAUAUGUACUCCAAGAAGUUUGAUGAAUUCCAGGGCACAGUAUCAAAGAGUAACAGUGUCUACAGCGGCUUCAAACAGGACAUGGACAAAAUGGCCAAGAAAAUGAAAAAGCUGGAGAAAGAGUGCCAGUCAUGGAAGACUCGCUUUGAUAGCUGCAACAAGAAUCUCCUUGAGAUGGUGUCAGAUAAAGCAAUCAAAGAAAAGGAGUUUGAGCUUGUCACUGUCAAGAACCAGAAGCUUGAGAAUCUGUGCAGGGCUUUGCAAGAGGAGAGGAAGAGUCUUUAUGAGAAGGUGCAGGGAGCUGGAAGUCAAGCAGACAGCAAUACUGCUGAACCAACAGAGAAGAAGGGCUCUGAGGAGCUGGAGACCCCUGAAGUCCCUGAAGUCCCUAAAGACGAUCAUCCCACCCAGAAUGCUGCAGCCUCGGCCUCUGAUGCCCCCGCUGGGACGCCGACGCUUGAAACUCCUCUGACCAAGGAACUGGCUCAGCUGAAGACGGAGCAGGCUCGUCUGAAGGAGAUCGCCAGCUCUUUCAUUAUCUCUCAUGUUAUACCCACAGAAACAGACGAAUGCCAAUCACAAGAACUCUCUGAGGGCGUCCAGGAGCCAGAGGUGAACCACAUAGAGGAGAGCAACAGCGAACACCUCCAAGAAGUGGUGGAGGACGAAUACCAAGAACAGAGAGAUUUGGAAAUGGAGACAGUUGAUUAAUGCUGCAACUACUGUGAAAACAAAAUCUGGUUCAUGUGAGAUUCAUAGCAAUAAAAAGAGAAAUGCUG